AUGCAACAGCCCACAAACGUAUCUGAAUUGAGGAGUUUUUCUCGAAUGACAUCGUAUUGCUCGAGAUUUAUAAAGGAUUAUGCGACAAUAACGGAACCAUUGAGGCGUUUAAACAAAAAGGACACACCCUGGUCAUGGGAAAAUGAUCAGCAGGUCGCGUUCGAGAAACUGAAAAGAGAAUUAAGUAGUGAUACGGUUAUCACAUACUUUAGUCCAUUAAAAGAAAUUGAGCUAAUAGUAGAUGCUUCACCAGUCGGUAUAUCUGGGAUACUAACACAGGAAGGAAAAAUUAUCGCGUACGCGUCUCGUGCACUGACACAGACAGAAUCACGUUACUCACAAACAGAAAGAGAGGCUCUGGCAGUAGUAUGGUCGUGUGAGCACUAUUCGAUGUACUUAAGAGGUGCUCCAACUUUCACGUGCUUCACAGAUCACAUGCCACUGACGAAAAUAUGGCAGAAGAAACAACCACCAUUACGAAUUGAACGAUGGGGAUUACGUCUACAACCAUUUAAUGUAAAAAUUGAAUACAGGCCUGGAAAGGAUAACCCGUCUGAUUACAUGUCUCGUCAUCCGUUGAAAUGUGACGAGCAGAGAAAUAUAGCCGAGGAAUAUGUAGCAUUCGUUUCCGCACAGGCAGUGCCAAAUGCAAUGACACUAGAUGAAGUAAAAAUAGAAUCAGUCAAAGAUAAAACUAUACAGAAAGCGAUUGAAUACGCAAAGAAUGGAAAAUGGCAUGAAAUGAAAACAGUGACAGAUUUUAAAAUCGACAUGGAAGAGCUGGUGGUACUCAGAAGCGUAAAAGAUGAAUUGACGGUUCACAAUGACACGGUCUUAUUAAGAAAUGACAAAUUAGUGAUACCGAAAACACUCCGAAAUCGUGCGAUAAAACUGGGACAUGAAGGGCACCAGGGAAUUGUUAAAACUAAAAGCUAUAUACGAUCAAAGGUAUGGUUUCCGAACAUGAAUGCAGAAAUUGAAACAGCAAUACAAAAAUGUCUAGCCUGUCAAGCCAACUCAAGGGAACCAAGACCGCGAGAACCACUGAAAAUGUCAGAUUUGCCAUCUGGACCUUGGAAAAAUAUAAGUGCAGAUUUUUGUGGACCUCUAGAAAACGGUGAUUACCUAUUGGUUGCAGUAGAUGAGUACUCGCGAUAUCCAAUAGUGGAAAUAGUAAAGAGUGUUUCAGCAAAUAUGGUCAUACCGGUUAUGGACAAAAUAAUUUCAAUGUUUGGUGUCCCCAAAGUAAUUAAAACAGAUAAUGGAUCGCCAUUUAAUAGUACGGCAUUUGCGGACUUUGCAAAAUUUUACGGUUUUAUACACAGAAAAAUCACGCCUAGGUGGCCAAGGGCUAAUGCUCAGGCAGAAGCAUUCAACAAAUCGUUGAUGAAGAGUGUUAAAUCGGCAUUCAUGGAGGGAAGGAAUUACAAACAAGAACUGUUCAGAUUUCUCCGCCAGUACAGAGCUACACCGCACGUGUCAACUGGAUUUACGCCAUUUCGGCUAAUGUUCGGAAGGGAACCGGUAACGCGUAUGCCAGACAUUAAUCAACACCAAAAUGAGGACACGCGUGCAGACGAAAUAGCACGAAGAAAUGAUGAGUUAUCAAAAGCAAAAUCAAAACAAUACGAGGACCAGCGAAUGAACGCACGAGAACGAAACAUUAACGUCGGAGACAGAGUUUUACUUAGAAACGAAACACCAAGAAAGUCAAGUACAAUGUAUAAUCCAGUCCAAUAUAAAGUUAUAAACAAAAAGGGACCAAUGAUAAGUGUUCGAAAUGAUGAAGGACAUUGUGUCACCAGGAACUCAUCUGUUAUGAAAACAGUAGAUCCAGACUUAAUGGGGAAUACGCCUAAACAGCACGGGGAAAGCGAUAUUGAGGACUAUCAGGGGGAGGAACUCGCUGAAAGACAAAACACGAGUUAUGCAGCAAGGCCAGCACGAGAUAGUCGUCCGCCCGCAUAUUUAAAAGAUUUUGUAAGUUAG